AGCUCAAGAACCAAUCAAGCAUAUAUUGGGGUCACAGUAACAUGGAUCAAUUCAAAUUUUGAAUUAAAGGAAGCUUUAUUAACAAUACAACUACUUCCAUCACUACAUACAGCUGAAGCUAUUGAAGAUUCUCUAAAUCAAGUUAUUACUAAUUGGGGACUCACUGGGCGAGUUUUUUGCAUUACGACUGACAAUGGGCCUAAUAUUAAAAAGGCAAUUAGUUUAAUGGAUAAUAUUACACGAUCAUCUUUUUCAGCCCAUACACUUCAACUGAGUGUGCUAAAAGGUCUUAAACCUGCGAAAAAUGUAGAUAUCCAAAGAUUUACUAAACAAUCGAUGAUGUGCCAACAAGAUGGAACUCCUCAUACUUGGCUUGG